AUGGAUCCACAUGCACAGCAAUCACCACACUGUGCCUGCAGAGAAGCAUGGAUCCACAUGCACAGCAAUCGCCACACUGUGCCUGCAGAGAAGCAUGGAUCCACAUGCACAGCAAUCGCCACACUGUGCCUGCAGAGAAGCAUGGAUCCGAAUGCACAGCAAUCGCCACACUGUGCCUGCAGAGAAGCAUGGAUCCGAAUGCACAGCAAUCGCCACACUGUGCCUGCAGAGAAGCAUGGAUCCGAAUGCACAGCAAUCGCCACACUGUGCCUGCAGAGAAGCAUGGAUCCACAUGCACAGCAAUCGCCACACUGUGCCUGCAGAGAAGCAUGGAUCCACAUGCACAGCAAUCGCCACACUGUGCCUGCAGAGAAGCAUGGAUCCGAAUGCACAGCAAUCGCCACACUGUGCCUGCAGAGAAGCAUGGAUCCACAUGCACAGCAAUCGCCACACUGUGCCUGCAGAGAAGCAUGGAUCCGAAUGCACAGCAAUCGCCACACUGUGCCUGCAGAGAAGCAUGGAUCCACAUGCACAGCAAUCGCCACACUGUGCCUGCAGAGAAGCAUGGAUCCGAAUGCACAGCAAUCGCCACACUGUGUCUGCAGAGAAGCAUGGAUCCACAUGCACAGCAAUCGCCACACUGUGUUUGCAGAGAAAUGGAUCCACAUGCACAGCAAUCGAUGCAGAGAAAUGGAUCCACAGCAAUCGCCACACUGUGCCUGCAGAGAAGCAUGGAUCCGAAUGCACAGCAAUCGCCACACUGUGCCUGCAGAGAAGCAUGGAUCCACAUGCACAGCAAUCGCCACACUGUGCCUGCAGAGAAGUAUGGAUCCGAAUGCACAGCAAUCGCCACACUGUGUCUGCAGAGAAGCAUGGAUCCACAUGUACCAAAAAGAACGCCACACCGUGUCGCAGAGAAUCAUGAUCCAUUAUAAUAAAAGUAACGCCAGAAUACCGUGUUUCCAGAGCAAAAUCAGCUGA